GCUCUCCUUUGUUUAUUUUCUAAUCUAUAUUUUUGUUCAAAGCUUCCCUCUCGGUUUUCUCCCGCCCGCCCGCACGCGCUCUUGCGGGCCGUCCGGGUGCACGCCGCUUCCCUCAUCGCCCCAGCCCCCCUUCCCGGUCUCCCCGAGCGCGGGGUUUGAAGGUCACCUCCUUUCCAGUCCCCGUGCGAACCGCGCCGCCGCCGCCUCCUCCAGCUGGAGCCGGUGGCACUGGCUGCGCUGCCCUGAAGUGCAGCUCGCAGCGGCGCGGCAGCGGCCAGAGCCCGGGGUCCGCGCCGGGUGGGGAAGCCCGAACUCGACCAGGGGAAUCCCUCCCCCUUCGCCCCGGCCCGGCUGCACCGCGGGGGCGCGGGGCGCUUUGCUAGCCCCGGGAGCGGAGGCGCGGCGGCUGGACCCACGCGUGCGCCUCUGGGGCCGGAGAGGGAAGGAGCGAGCAGAGCACUCCGCAUCUGGAGGGGACAGCCGUGCGCCCAGCCCCGGCGUCCGGAGCGAGAGAACUCCGAGCCUCAGCACAGGUAGCGCGAGGAAGAGCGGACUGCCAGUCCUAGGAUUGAGAACUCCGGCUUUUCAGACCCCAGCCCAGUGGCCGUCAGGGCCCCCGUAGGGCGGGACCCUCGCCACGCCCAGGCAGGGGCUCCAGGGCGGGGCUGACCUGCCGCGAAGUUGCCGACGGUGCGGGAGAAGAGGGCACCUCACUUCGCCGCCUCCAGCUUAUGGUGAGUGUGGCCCGGGGUGCAGAGAGCGCCAGGGAAUUCGGGGGUCUAGGGCCGAAGAGAAGGCCACCGCAGCCGGCGCGCCCCGGGAAUUCUAGGAAACGGCUCAAAGAACUCAUGCAAGUGGAACUUACAGCUUCCUUGAUCGGACUCCGCGUUCAGACAUCAAAGCCGACUGCAAUACCUGCGUGGAAAUAGAAGACAGAAAGGUUUCGAGACAACAGAUGAAUUGUGAAAGAGAGCAGCUAAGGGGUAACCAAGAAGCCGCAGCUGCCCCUGACACAAUGGCUCAGCCUUACGCUUCGGCUCAGUUCGCUCCCCCGCAGAACGGCAUCCCCGCGGAGUACACGGCCCCUCAUCCCCACCCUGCGCCAGAGUACACAGGCCAGACCACCGUUCCUGAGCACACGUUAAACCUGUACCCUCCCGCCCAGCCCCACUCCGAGCAGAGCCCGGCGGACACCAGCGCGCAGACCGUCUCCGGCACCGCCACACAGACGGACGACGCAGCACCCACGGAUGGGCAGCCCCAGACACAACCUUCAGAAAACACGGAAAACAAGUCCCAGCCCAAACGGCUGCAUGUCUCCAACAUCCCCUUCAGGUUCCGGGAUCCAGACCUCCGACAAAUGUUUGGUCAAUUUGGUAAAAUCUUAGAUGUUGAAAUUAUUUUUAAUGAGCGAGGCUCAAAGGGAUUUGGUUUCGUAACUUUCGAAAAUAGUGCCGAUGCGGACAGGGCGAGGGAGAAAUUACACGGCACCGUGGUAGAGGGCCGUAAAAUCGAGGUAAAUAAUGCCACAGCACGUGUAAUGACAAAUAAAAAGACUGUCAACCCUUAUACGAAUGGCUGGAAAUUGAAUCCAGUUGUCGGUGCGGUCUACAGCCCUGAAUUCUAUGCAGGCACGGUCCUGUUAUGCCAGGCAAACCAGGAGGGAUCCUCCAUGUACAGUGCCCCCAGUUCACUUGUAUAUACUUCCGCAAUGCCCGGCUUCCCGUAUCCAGCCGCCACCGCAGCAGCCGCCUACCGAGGGGCCCACCUGCGAGGCCGCGGCCGCACCGUGUACAACACCUUCCGCGCUGCGGCGCCCCCGCCCCCGAUCCCGGCCUACGGCGGUGUUGUUUACCAGGAUGGAUUUUAUGGUGCAGACAUUUAUGGUGGUUACGCUGCAUACCGCUACGCCCAGCCUACCCCUGCCACUGCCGCCGCCUACAGUGACAGUUACGGACGAGUUUAUGCUGCCGACCCCUACCACCACGCACUUGCUCCAGCCCCCACCUACGGCGUUGGUGCCAUGAAUGCUUUUGCACCUUUGACUGAUGCCAAGACUAGGAGCCAUGCUGAUGAUGUGGGUCUCGUUCUUUCUUCAUUGCAGGCUAGUAUAUACCGAGGGGGAUACAACCGUUUUGCUCCAUACUAAAUGACAAAACCAUAAAAACCUUCCAAUGUGGGGAGAAAGGAAGCUUUCCGAGGCCUGAGUGUUGCAAUACAUGCAGUAGUGCAUCAUUUUAGCAACUCU